AUGCCCGCCAAGGAGAAGUCCUGCUACCGCUGCGGCGAGACGGGCCACAUCUCUCGUGAUUGCACCCAGGCCGGCGGUGACAGCUACAGCGGCGGACAGGGUGGCCAGGGUGGCGGCCAGGAAUGCUACAAGUGCGGUCAGGUCGGACACAUUGCGCGCAACUGCAGCCAGAACUACGGUGGCUACGGCGGCGGCAGCGGCGGCGGCUUCGGUGGUGGCCGUGCGCAGACUUGCUACUCGUGCGGUGGAUUCGGCCACAUGGCUCGUGAUUGCACCCACGGCCAGAAGUGCUACAACUGCGGCGAGGUUGGUCAUCUCUCUCGUGACUGCCCUACUGAGGCCCGGGGUGAGCGCGUCUGCUACAAGUGCAAGCAGCCCGGCCACGUCCAGGCUGCCUGCCCGAACUAG